AGAUUGAAGCAUUUUAAGUUAGUGAAUAAACUUGCAUGUCACUUUUGGAGGGUGACUUGUAUGUGAAAUAUCGUACCUAAUAUAAAUAGCUUAAAACUAUCAAAUUCGAUUUUGUAAAUCAUCAACGCUCUGAUAAAAUGCUUACAAAGUCGUUAUGACUUCUGUCCCACGAUUCCAUAGUUCGCAUCACCGUGCACUGUGCUUCAAAUAAACAGAGAGAUGUAGGCUUAAACGAAAAAAUGGUUGGGCUGAUUUAAACAGUAGCCGACCGACAAGCGUGAUGCCGAUCCUGCUUAUCGUUGGUUACAACCGCCAACCAGUCAGCAGCCCAGUAGGGUGGGGAAAGUUUAGCUUUUCCUGAAUGGCGGCGAAGGUGAUGAGUGACACAGCGACCAUCGGUGAGGAAAACCUAUAAAGCGAGGUUCACGCGUUUAGCGGGACUUAGUGUUCGGAUUUUAUUCGCCACCAAAUGGAUACGCAUUUUCAGCAGCGCGGCUGAACUAAUCUAUAGUGUCGUUGGAAGAAAAAUACACAAAAUGUCGAAACUGGUGCACAUGAUGAUCAUCACGGCAACGAUCCACAUCGUCCGACCGUUAUCGAUCGAGCAUCCGCACAGCUUUUCGCUGUUCAAGCGAGGCGUUGUGCUCGGUGACAUGACAUACAGCUAUGCCUCGACGGACAUGGGAUCUUCCAACGGAGGACGUGUUAAAACGUUGACUGUCAUCAAGAACGUAUCCAUACCCAAGCCCACCAGCACGAUGUUCAGCGACCGCACCGAACAAUUCUUUGAGACGUUCGAUCUAAGCGGUCAUAAGAAACAAGAGCAAGUUCAAUACUGGCCACCGGAUGAUACGAACAAAAUGAAAAAGAUAACCAUCAAACCACCAACGUUCGAGAUACCCAACAUCCCAAAAAUCAAAGAACCUCCACAGGAGGAGUUUAAGCAUCCAGCGGAACUGUUAGAAAUUGCAAAGAGUGCAGCCAAAACACAAAGUCAACUGAUGAAGGCGCAGAAAUUUGCGAAUGAUGACACAGGUCCCGUCAUGUUCCCACCUGAUGCUCAAAUGAUGAAGAAAAAGAAUAACGGAGUCGUUAGUGUGGCAAAAGAAUACACGAGUGUCCUUACGAGCACCCUAAAAGAUUGGAGCAAAACUAAAACAGUCAGCAAACUGAGCACAAAGGUCGAGCCUACAAAAUUCAAGGAAUCCCAACCCGAUAGCUAUAAUUCGUUUGAUCACAGUUCCCUUUAUGAAGACGACUUCGAUCAAACAGAAUACGUUUACUCACCGGAAACCAAAACGUUUGCCUUCAAGCAGGUUUCCAAGGCUUCACCCGACCUCAAAGAAAAACUCAAGAACACUCCCUAUGCCGUUAAGGAUCCAUCUCCACCAAAAACGAUGGAUUUCAAAUUUUACAGCGACAAUGAAACAACCACUCCAGAUCUGCUGUUCUCCGAGCUGGCGAAUGCCGUAGCCACUCGUAACGUAUCGAUGAUCAAAUCCUUAGCCGGGCAGCUGGAUGAACCUUUCGAAUUCACCAAGUUCGACUUUGAAGCGCUCAAAACCGAAGAAUACGUUCCGAUUUCUUUCGACUACAAUCCCACCAGCAAGAAAGAAACGAUACCGGAAACGACCACGAAGGAAAUGAAGAAAAUGGACAUUUCGGAUGAGCUUAAACCCACGACGGUUGAGACUCCUAUGGCGACCACCAAAAAACCAUCCAAGUACAUUGCACCAAGACUGAGGGGAUUCAAACGGUUUUCUUCCCGCAAGCAAUAAAUCAGUCAUUAAUGUUGACUAGUGUUUACUAAGAAGUUUAGUAAUUUAUUAUAGAGUUGUUCUGCGUCUUUUUUUUAGAUUUUAACAAAUAUGAGUAUUACACUGUUGGAACACCGAA